GAUAGUGUCAUGGCGGCGCCGGGAGUCAGUUUUGAGAGCUCGAGCUACAUCGAGGAAAGAAAGGACAUAAAACGACAGGCACGCGAAGAGGCGGUGGAAAAAGCCAAGCAGCAGUAUGAGAAGGAAGAGAGGAAGAAGGAGCUGAAGAGGCAGAGAGGAGAAGAUACCUGGAUGCUCCCCGAGGUCAACCAGAGGCUGCAGGACAUCGAGGAAGAAGGCUCUGUGAUCAGCAAGAAGAAGAAAGAGAAGAAAUCUAAGAAGAAAAAGAAGAAGGCCAAAAAGGAGAAGAAGACCACGGCAGAAGACGGCUCUGAUGACAGCUCACAGGACUCGGGGGAUGAUGAGUGGGUCGAGGCCAAAACCAAAGUGGCCAAAGCCUGGCAGGUUCCGGAUGAGUCCAAACCUUCGGCGAUCAACCUCAAGCCCGCUCCCAAUGCGGAGAGAGACGAAUGGAUGACCUUUGACUUCCUGGCGAUGAGCACCACGUCCACAGCGGAGAAGAGGGCCGAGAAAGAGCGCCUGAAAGAGGAGGAGAAAGCCAAGACCCAGGCCAUUGAACAGUCUGAUUGGCACAAAUUGGAGCUCAACCCGUACUGGAAAGACGGCAGCAGCGGUCUGCCCCCGGAGGAGACGGCCGGUACUGCAGGCAAGAAAGCCGGUGCGGUGGUGAACGACGCCGGUCUCUCCUGGCUGAGGAAGAGCUUCCAGAGGAUGAAGGAGCAGGCGGAGCGGCAGCAGCGCAGCCUCGACGACGUGGUGGCCGAGAGAUACGGAUCGCUGGAAGAGUUCCAGCAACGACUCGCCGAUGCCGAGACCGCCGUGUACGGUCACAGCCGAGGAGGAGGAGGAGGGAGAGGAAGAGGCGGGUGGAGGAGAGGCGAGAGCGAGGCCAGGGAGAGGUGGAGGGGAAGGGAUGGAGAUGGGGCAGAGAGAGAUCGCCGGGGGAGAAAUGAAAGGGGGAGAGAUUCGUGGUCGCCCGCAGACGGAGAGAGAUGCCACGCCGGGAGAGGGGAGGAGAGGGGAGGACGGAGAGGUGGAGAGCAAGAGAGAGGAAGAGAGAGGGAUGGAGGAGAAGACAUGGACAGGGAUGGAGGAAGAGAUAGGGAGAGGGGUGGAGGAAGAGAUAGGGAGAGGGAUCGAGGAGAAGACGGGGAGAGGGAUGAUGGAGAAGAAAUGCAGAGGGAUGGAGGAAGAGACGGAGAAAGAGAAAGCGCUGCGUCAUCAUUCGGGCGGAGUCAGCGUCCUCCGUCUCUCGGGUCUCUGAAAAGCCGUUUCCUCAAACCCUCGGAGGACGAUGACCUCGGUGAAGCUCCUCAGCCUCGUCUUCGUCGUCCUCCUCCGAGAUUCCUGAAACCCGGCUCUGACGAUGAAGACUCCGGUCCGAAGAAGAAGAGCGGCGAUCCGGCUCGGGAGUCUGACGCCGACUUUGAGAAGCCCCGGCAGGAGAAAGAGAGCGAUGCUGUGUCUCCGCCCCCAGAGCGUCCGCACGGGGAUAAACCCGCCAAGACGACCUCGAGGAGUGAGAGUGAGAGUGACGGUGAGGAAGAGGAGGAGCUUCCACUGAUGUCUGAGGAGGAGAUGAAUAAACUGGGAGCCAAGCUGGUGAAGGCGGAGAUCAUGGGCAACACGGCCGCGUUCGAGAGGUUGCAGUCUCAGCUGGAUGCAGCUCACAAAGCCAAAGAGAACCACGCCGCCCGGAAGAAGCUCCAAGAAACGGCCAAAUUAAAGCAGGUCGCGGGUCACAGCAGUGAAGACCGGGAGGUGCUGCUGUUCAGAACCGACCAAUCGGGUCGCGCCUGGCCGGUUAACGAGCCCUCGGGACCCCGAGAACCCCACGGAGGACGACGCAAGAAGAAAGCGAUUGAGACCCACGUGGACGGCGAGCGCGUGCGUUACUUCCAGGACGAUGACGGCGUGGACCUGAAGGAGAUGGUGAGGAGGGAGAAGAUGAGCUCGGCCCAGGACCAGAACGCCCUCUACUCACGCAUGGCCUCCAAGAUGAUGGGCAAGGCGGACGGAGACAACUACACGCUGGACGACAUGUUCGUGUCGAGCGCGGCGCAGCGGGAGGGCGACGGCAAGGAGGAGGAGAGGAUGAGGAGCCGCGCCAUCGGCGAGAGCCGGAGGCUCAACGCCUCCAUGGAGAAGUGCCGGCAGUGCUUCAGCAGCCCGGAGCUCCACAAGCACCUCGUCGUGGCCAUAGGGAGCAAGGUCUACCUGAGCCUCCCUGCGGGCGUGUCCAUGACGGAGGGCCACUGCCGGAUCUGCCCGCUGCAGCAUCACUGCUCCGCCACGGGAUUGGACGAGGACGUGUGGUCAGAAAUGCAGCUGUUCCGGCGCACGUUGGUGAAGAUGUUCGAGUCCCAGGAGAUGGACUGCGUGUUCAUGGAGACGCACAUGAACCCCCGCCGGAGGCAGCACAUGGCGCUCGAGUGCCUCCCGCUGCCCCGGGAGCUCGGAGACAUGGCGCCCAUCUACUUCAAGAAAGCCAUCCUUGAUUGUGAUGAGGAGUGGGCGAUGAACAAGAAGGUCGUCGACCUCUCGUCCAAAGACAUCCGCCACGCCGUUCCUCGAGGUUUGCCGUAUUUUGCCGUCGACUUUGGACUCCAGGGAGGCUUCGCUCACGUCAUUGAAAACGAACAGAAGUUCCCCCAUUACUUCGGCAAGGAAGUGGUCGGCGGCAUGUUGGACUUGGAGCCGCGGCGUUGGAGGAAGAUGAUCAGAGAGAACUUUGACGACCAGAGGAAGAAAGUCCUCCAGUUCGCUCAGUGGUGGAAACCCUACGACUGCACCAAGGCCCCCGAGGACGGCUAGCCCUCGAACGCACCGUGGGGCGUUCACUGUCGCACCUGCCUAUGGGUUUUAUUUUUUUAUCCCUACUCUAGGCGCUUUUAAUCCAAUAAAAAGAAAGAAUAAAACAACCUUGA